GAUUUUUUGUUUCGUAGAUUCAGACUUCAGACUUGAGACGUGAGACUUGAGACUUGAGACUUGAUACUUGAGUCUUGAGCCUUGACUCUUGACUAACAAAGGUUAAAGUGAUCCUUAUCUCUCGAAGCUGCCAAGAAAUUUCUGAGUUAGGGUUUUCAGAAGAUUAACGGGUGGUGGAGUUCGCUGCAAGGAUCACGUUGAGUGCCAAAGAGGAAAGCUGCUGCAAGCCAUGUAAGAUUCACGCACCAAGGUAGGUAAUCUAUUUUUAUGAAUUUCAUCUAUUCUUCUGAUCAACGAGGAGACAGAUUUGGAUUUGGAUUUGGAUUUGGAGUGAAGAUAGGGUAAUCUGCAAUGGUAAGAUUUAAAAAAAAGGGGUGAAGUUGACGGAUUGAGGUUGGAAUUCAAGGAAUUGCAUGGAAAGAAUCGGUUUUCGCGUAAAGAAGUUGACCAGAGGGAGAGAUUUGCAGUUCUUCGGCGGAUAUAAAGGGUGGACAAAACGGGUUAGGGUUUGAAAGGGAAAGAAGAUGGAAAAAGCGGUUGUAAACGAGACACGAUCUGAAGGAUGGAUUGGAGGGGAGAAACAGAAUGGAAAGGGUUUUCGAAAGGAAGAAGGAUUGGGUCGGACAUCUGAAGCAGAUAGUAAUACACUGGGUGUUAUGACUGGAGAUUUGCUGGUUGCGGUACUAGAAGCCAAGGAUAAGGCUGAUCGUUUCAGAUCAUACUUAGAACAACUUGAAGCUACUCUUAGAGGCGUGAUGCCUGUGAUUGAAAAUUGGAGAAGGUCGGAGUUGGAGCUAACAGAUCGUCAACGGAACAGUUUCGCUAAGAUGGCGGAGAAGUUACGAAACGGAGUUGAGGACGUUAGGAAGUGUCCCAAGGUACAUUCCUGGAACAUUGUACAGAAGAUCCGGUUCUCGAUUAAGCUUGGCAAAUUGGAUGAAUAUAUCAGAGGUUUCUUCAACCUAGAGUUGCAGACGGAUAUCUGGCGCGACAACCAACAGCUUCUGUUGGAUGUCCAACAACUGCUGACGAAGGUGGAAGGAUUGAGAUUGAAGCGGGCAUGGAGUGGGUGCAUGGGUCUGUAUGCGGUUCCUAGACUCCCAGAUCUUGUUGUUGGAUUCGAUGAUCAUUUGGGAAAAUUGAAGAUGGAAUUUCUGAGGGAAGACGUGACACUGCUUGGAGUAUGUGGUCCAGGAGGAAUUGGCAAGUCAACGUUAGCUGCCAUGGUUUGCCGAGAUGAAGAUGUGAAAGGCAAAUUCACGAACAUAUUGUUUUUAACUGUUUCAAGCACGCCCAACUUAAAGGUGAUUGUAAAGACACUACUUGAACAGAUUGGUGGUCAGUUGCUCGAGUCUGACCUGAGUGAAGAGGAUGCGAUCAAGCAGUUGCAAUACCUUCUGAAGGAGAGAGUGCCGAAGCCGAUAUUGUUGGUUCUAGAUGAUGUUUGGGAUGAACCAGUUAUUGACAAGCUUUCCUUCAGAAUAGAAGGAUAUAAGAUGCUGGUUACAUCAAGAGAAUUAUUUAAAAUAUAUAAUGUUGAAUCUCAUUCUAAGUAUCAUUUGGGAACACUGAGUGAGGAAGAUGCCAUGACCCUCUUUCGUCAUGCAGCAUUGCCUCAAGAUGGGACUGAGAACUAUUUGCCAGAUGAAGAUCUCCUAAAUAAGAUAGUGAAAUGCUGUGAUGGAUUCCCACUUGCUAUUAAAGUGAUUGCCAAAUCGCUAUGUGGGCAGCCUGCAAGGGAAUGGUCAAGAAUGGCUGGGAAACUGUCUGAAGGUUCUUCCGUUCUUGAUUUCGACAAGGAUUUGCUAGAACGUCUUGCAACUAGCUUGGAUUCCUUGGAUGAUGUGGUUCUGGAGUGUUUUCUGGACUUGGGUUCCUUCCGUGAAGAUGAAAGGAUCCCUGCCUCUGCUCUAAUAGAUAUUUGGGUUGAACUGUAUGAUCUAGAUGAUGAGGAUGAUGCCUAUGUCAACCUCCUUGAACUUGCCUCCCGGAGUCUUGUUGAUUUGGUUGAAAGUACAGGUAAAAUUGCAGGUAAAAUUGAUGAUGGCUUCGAUGGGCUGUUUGUUACCCAGCAUAGACUGCUCAGAGAUCUGGCUAUCAACCAGAGCCGACAGCGGAAUAGAAGACUUACCAUAGACAACAGAGAAAAAGAAGGCCUUACCAGGACCUCGAGGAAACAAGAACUCCCCCAGCAGCUCAAUGCCCACCUUGUUUCUGUCAUCACAGGUGAAAUGUGUUCAAAAAUCUGGAAUGACGCGCAUCUUCCCGAAGUUGAGGUUCUGAAUCUGAAUUUCUCAGCCAGAGAGUACACAUUUCCCCCAUUUAUGGAAAAGAUGGGGAAGCUAAAGGUUCUGAUCAUUGUAAACUAUGGAAGGAACCGUGCAAAGCUAAGUGAUUUGACGACACUCAGAUAUUUGGCUCCUGUAAAGAGGAUAAGAUUGGAGAAAGUUUUGAUUCCUUCCCUUGAUAAACUUGGAACGCCAAUGUUGAAUUUGCAUAAGAUAUCAUUAUCUAUGUGUGAGGUUGGCCAACCCUUGAAGAACUGCACCAUCAAUGUUUCUGAAAUGUUACCUAAUCUUGUUGAUAUUAACAUUGAUUACUGUGAUGAUUUGGUGGAAUUACCUCCGUGGAUCUGUGAUAUCAUCUGUUUACAGAAGCUCAGCGUUACGAACUGCAAUAGAUUAUUUGCACUACCAGAGGGAAUCGGAUGUCUAACAAAUUUAGAGCUGCUGAGGCUACAUGCCUGCAAAGGAUUAUCUAGGUUACCAGAUUCAAUAGGAGAACUUAAGAAGUUGAAAUGCUUUGACAUAUCUGAUUGCAAGGACAUAAAAAUGCUGCCUGAUGGAAUGCGGAAGUUACAUAAUUUGAGGAAGUUUGACAUGAGACAUUGGUCAGAGUUGAAGGAAUUGCCCUCUUGGGCCGCAGAACUUGUUAAUUUAAAGGAAGUGAUAUGUGAUGAGAACACAUCUGGUCUUUGGGAACCCCUACAGGUCAAGUUGCCUAAUCUGAAGAUAAGGAGGUUUACGACGAGGAGGCUUAAGACAACAUCAACUUGAUUUGCAUUGGGAGUUUGAUCUUAGGAGCCUCAGCUCUCUCUCUCUCUCUCUCUCUCUCUCUCUCUCUCUCUCUCUCAAUAGGGUGUUUAUUAGGUCAAAUAAAAGGAUAACUUCAAUCAGUCCGACGAAAGGGUUUAUUGAACAGCCAAGUUUCUACUAAGUUGUACAUUAAUCUCUGCGAAUUUAUGUUGUAGGGUUAUUAGUGUUGUUUGCUGACCCCAUUAAGUUGGGAGAAAACUUUGUUGUUGUUUUUGUUGUUGGGUUAUUAGUGUCGUUUGUACCAUAACUCUACUUACUGUUAUUGUACUUAAGUUUAACAACUGCAAUUUCUAACCUCUAUUUCUGAGCA